AUGAUCGGGCCAGCGCUAUUGAACGAUCAUUCGUGCAGCGUGACGGUGCUGGUUAACAAAAACCGCACGCCCGGAGACCUGAUCGGCGUGAUCGUGGUUGCUGCCAGCAGACUGCGAGGCUCUUUCGUCUCGGCUCAGAGAGUCUCGUACUGCGAUCGGCGUCAGCUCAUCUGGCGGAUCUUCGGGAUACUGGAAGAAGUUCUUACUCUUGGCGCCGUACUGCUAUUAAUCAGUUUGGGCUUUUUGCAUAAGGAUAUUGAGGCAGCAUUGCAUCGACCCAUCCGCUCGGUGUGCUGCCUUCAUAUCUGCAGUCUGGACAUGUUG